AUGGAGUCCCAGACAGGGCAAACUCCUGUCGAGCAGGAGAACACCCAUCAGACCACCCACCCAACCAAAGUCCCUGACAUCCAAUCCUCCCCCAUCCUACCGGCCGGACCGUCCAGAGUACGCAAGAAGUCUCUCAGUCGAGCCCUUCAGGGCCUGUUGAAUACCCCGCAUCCGCCGGAACCCGCAGUCAGCGGCCGCAGCGGGGUCUCGUCUCGAGCAAGUGGCUCACGCAAUCCUGUCGCACCUCUGUUUUCGUCACCGCUGCGCAUUAGCUCGUCCGCCAUGGCCUCUGCGCCGAGUUCACCAGAGAGACAUCAUGGAGACGCCAACCAGCCGCGGCGAUCACUGGACCUGGCCGACGACCGCCGAACAUCCACGGGGAUAUUGAACGGCCAUGGCACAAAGAGCGACGCCCCGUCCAGCUUAUCGGGGCAAAAUCUCCCGAAGAAACACAAGCCGCAGGCCCGCAAAUCGGUGGCUUCGAUGAUGUCAGGCCUCGAGUCACGCUUAUUCCCAAAGAGCUUCACGCGGGGCAGGGACGCCAGUCGCGGGUCAUCUCGGCGGGGCUCCUCGGUUGACUCUAGAUCCCCCUCUGCUUCGAAGCUGGAAAGCGAAUCUUCAUCCUCACUCAAUACCACCUCCAACACCGAUAUGAAUAAACGAAGCUCGUUUGUCAUCAGCGAAGAGGCUCACAAUCAAUCUGACGAAGCUCUGAACAAGCCGGCUGGUGGCCUUCCCGAAUAUGUGAAACCUAGUGAAGAAAAUGAGCUUGGCGAACGCCUGGCUAAGGAUGUCUUCGACCGUGACAAGAAUAUCAUUGAGAGCAGUGAAGAAGAGGAGUCCUCUAGCGACGAGGAGCAUGAUGGCCAUCGCGGGCGCAAGAAGAAAGUCGACGUCACAUUUAUUACACCUAAUGAUUUCAAACCCCACGAUGAUACAUCUGAUGGUGGAAGGUCUAUUAAGUCAGUCGAUACGGCUCCGGAGAAAAAGCCUCGCAAGUCUGCUCUCAAGUCAGUGAUUCGGCCGCAGACAAGCUUUGACAUCCCAACGCCAAUGACUCAAUCGGCCGCUGGGACGCCCUAUGGAUCGGAUGAUGAGGCAGAGCGGGAUGACAUACACCGUGCGCAGCGACUCACUAUGUCGAUGUCCGCUAUCGACAAUCAGGUACCUCACCGAUCGAUCCGCACUAUUAUUCGGGGCGACUUCGCCGCUAUCCAAGCAGAAGGUGACGAAGGUCGUCGCCGUCAGCGCAAGUAUGUGCUUGCCACCGAUCUAAGUGAGGAGUCGGUUUAUGCUUUGGAGUGGGCCAUUGGAACCGUCCUUCGCGACGGGGACACCUUGUACUGUAUUCACGCCAUGCACGAAGAUCACAAUGCAUCUUCCUCCGUCCAAGUUGGCGAGGGAGCCAAGGCCAUGCGGGACGCCGCGAAUGUCGUGGGUACUCAAACCAAGGAAGCUGCUGCAAAUCCGGGCCGCAAUCUCUUCGGCCUACUAGGACCAGGUACUGCUAGCAAAGCAAGCUCAGUUGAUGCUCGAGGCUCACCCGCCGCGGAAGCCGAGCGAGUUAAGGCUGUUGAAAAAGUGUCGGAGACAUGCGUGAAGCUGCUGCGCAAGACAGUUUUGCAGGUGCGCGUUGCUGUUGAAGUGAUUCAGUGCAGGUCACCCAAGCUGCUUGUGGUAGAGGCGAUUGACGAACUGGAGCCUCUCUUAGUUAUUGUUGGAGCUCGAGGCCAAAAUGCCCUCAAAGGUGUUCUCCUGGGCUCAUUCUCAAACUAUCUGCUUCAAAAUUCAUCGACCCCCGUGAUGGUGGCCCGUCGCAAGCUCAAGCGCAACCCCUCGAAGGGUCGACAGAACGCAUCUACCAUCCGCAUGACCAACAACCUCAAGACCCCAAAGAGUCUGACGCAAGCCAAGGUAGACUGA